UGGCAGCAGCAGCCCCGCUGAAUGGAGCGGAGUUUCGCUCCGCUCUGGUGUUGCCGCAGCUGCUCCAGCCGCCAGAGCGAGCGGGGGCACGGAUGGGCAUCGCCCCCCUCGGCGGAGCUGUCGCUGUCCCGGUCCCGCACCCGCGGCUGCCUGCCCCUGCGCGUCCCGGCGGCGAGCCCUGCGAGCGGAGGGCCGGUACCGUGCCAUGUAGAAUGCUCCCGGUUCCGAGAGCCAAGCGGCAGCAGCCUCUCCUCUGGCAGAUGAAUGCAGAGCCCCCACCUCCUCCCUGGAUUUGGAUGGUCCCGAGUGCGGCUGGGGUCGUCAGGCUAGGUGGGGCCGGGGUGGGGCCCCCUCCACUUCUGCUCUCUUCGCCGCAUCCUCCCCACCCUGCUCCUCUGCUCCAGGGGCUUCCCGGCUGGCAAGUCCCCUGCGAGCCUUUCCUGCCUCUGUCAGUGCCCUCUGCGCCAGAUCAGCGCCCUGCCGUGCACCAGUAUCCCGUCCUGAACGGGCAGUGGAUGUUUGGAGCUCAUUCUCCAGUUAUAGGAUUUUCACCUUCUUCUAGUGUGGAAUUUGUUCCUAUCUUCCCACAUGUAUACACAUCUACUAUUCCACCUCAUGCCAGGAAAAGUUGGAGAGAUAAGAGACUACCUAAUUGCAAGAUAUAUUUAAAUAAUGCAUUUGCUCUGGAUUCAGCAUGGAUACAUCCUGAGGAAUCAAGAAUCUUCCUGGGACACGAGAAGCCUCUUUUAAUGACAAAUCAAGUAGCUAUGGCUAUAUCUAGGCCAGCUACUGCCUCAAGGCCUCUUCCCACAGUGGUGUUAACACCUCAACCCAUACCAGGUGGUUGCCAAAAUAGCCUUAAACAAGUGGGCAAUAAUCAGACAAUUGCAUUAGCUGCUGCUGCUAUGGUGUCCGUAGAUUCAGAAGCACUUCAGGGACCAUCACCUACAAGUAUCCAACCUUGCCAUGUGCUCACUUUGUCACCUGUCAAAAUACCAGUUUUGACUUCACCUUUUCCAGGUGCUGCUUCUAGAGUGGAUGCUCAUAUGACUCCUUUGAUGCCAACGCAAGUCACCAGGGUUGCUGCUGUAACUACACCAGCUGUGACUUUCAUGGCAACCAAUUUCAUAGAUCAGACAUUAACAGAUAAAGGCAAAGAAUCAAGCAGAGCCUCCUGCCCACCAACAUUGAUUUUACAUACUGACAGGAAAAGCAAGCCAAAAGAGAAUGAUGAGGAUAAGGAUCAUCCUUUGAAACUAGUAAAUGAAGAUGACAGCAUGUCAAAUGGCAACAAGCCUGUGGCAUCUACUCCUGUACCAGGGUCACCAUGGUGUGUAGUCUGGACUGGAGAUGACCGAGUCUUCUUCUUCAACCCUACAAUGCAGCUGUCAGUAUGGGAGAAACCAGUGGAUCUAAAGAAUCGUGGUGAUAUUAAUAGAAUCAUUGAAGAUCCACCUCAUAAACGCAAGCUGGAAACUUCAGCAACAGAUAAAAGUGAUAGUUCUUGUCCAGAGGAAGUAAGUGAUGACCACAGCACCAAAACCAAGAGAAAUAAAAUGGAAGAUCCCCAGAAUGCUGAUCAGGCGAAGGUUGAAGUGGAAGAGAAAAUUGUGAAAACAUCAGCACAUCAGAUUAUUCUUCCUUUAGAAGAACGCAUUGCCCAUUUCCGAGAUAUGCUUCUGGAAAGAGGGGUGUCCGCAUUUUCUUCAUGGGAAAAAGAAUUACACAAAAUAGUAUUUGACCCGCGCUACCUUCUGCUAAACGCUGAAGAACGUAAACAGAUAUUUGAGCAGUUUGUCAAGACCAGAAUAAGAGACGAGUACAAGGAAAAGAAAAAUAAAUUAUUGCUAGCCAAAGAAGAAUUUAAAAAACUUCUGGAGGAAUCCAAACUGUCACCAAGAACAACAUUUAAAGAGUUUGCAGAGAAAUAUGGCAGAGAUCAGCGGUUUCGACUUGUUCAGAAGAAAAAGACCAAGAGCAUUUUUUCAACCAGUUCAUUCUUAUUCUUAAAAAGAGGGACAAAGAAAACAGAAUAAGGCUACGGAAAAUGAGAUAAGAAUUCUUGAAAUCUGCAAUAAAUACACAUAAAGUCAAUACUGUGACUGCCAUAGAAAAUGAAAUGAAGAAACAGCAUUUUUGUCUUUUUCUGAUUCAAGUUCCAAAAAUUUAAAGAAGAACCAGAUAUCCCUGAGAAAUACCUUUUCAUACUGAGGUUCAAUGAACACAAGUUAAAUUUGUUCAGGUUCCUCUGCAGGAACCUGUAGGAUAUUUAGUUCUCAGAGAAUUAAUGUUUCAUAUUGAAGCUCUCUUUUGUACAACAUUCAUAGUUUGAUGCAUUUCUAAUUGCCAUGAUAUGUCAAUCCCUUAAUUGUUUUAAUUAUGCAAAUUACUUGUAAUAUACACAAAUUAUAAUUUCAAUGCAGAUUUGUAAUUAAGCAGAAAACAGAUGUCACGCAUUACAAUCUCAAGAUACAUUCAUCAUUUAAGGGAAUUAUCUUAAUCUAUUUUUAGCAACUUAUCCAUUAACAAACUGUUUAGAAGUACAGUGGUAUUGAGGAUUCAUUACUCAGAAUUCAUCACUCAGUGUUCAUAUGUCUAUGUCUAGUUUUCUGAGUAGUAGUAAUAGGGUAUUAAUUGUUAAUCAUAGUGAAGAGUGUGUAAAUCUUGGCAUAAGUUCCACAGAAAAACUUAUAACUUUCAAAUAUGGCUUUGGAAUUUCUUUGAAUGGUGCUUUCAGGCACACAGAUUACAGCAACACUUCCCCAUAAAAGUUACUAUAAAGAAGCUAUCUUGUAAAACUAUCAUAUUAAUAUUUGAGUUAUUUUUAUUGUAUGUGAAGAUUUUGCAUGAGAAUUUUCUCAUCAUCUUUGUAUAAACAAAUAUUUUAACUUUUUUAAUAAAUAUUUUAAGCCAAUUAAUUUUUAUUUUUUAGUCUCUAGCAUUAGAAUUCUGACAGUAUUUGCUUUGAGAGCUACUAUAUAUAUAUGAGGAACACAUUGUGUUGCCCUUGAUUUUUAUGUAAAUUUUUACUAAUGUCAGCUGGAUUUAUGAGAGCAUUGAGGACAAAAUAGAUCCCACAAUAACAAUAAAUGAUAUAAAACAUCUAGCAUAAAUCAGUAUUGUUUCACUUAAAUCAAUAGAGCUAGCCCAAUUUAUACCAGCUGAGGAGUAAACUGUCUUGUGUCUUCUUUCCAUACUCCGUGCAGUUACUGAGCUUAUUUCUGUUAAGAUCUAACGUAAAUACUUUAGAGUCAGUCUGGAUCCUUUGCAGAUUUUCUGUUUUCUACCUGAAGUUUUCAAUUUCCUCCAAGUAAAAUUAAGUUUUCCAUAGGUAUUUCUCAUGUAUUUCUUACAAUUUAAGAAAAUAAAUCCACUUCUUACAUUUAAAUAAUGACCCCAAAGAAUUCAAAAUGAAGAAUGGUCUUAAAUUGCAGCAAGGGAGGUUUAGGUUGGGCAUUAGGGAAAAUUUCCUAACAGUCAGGGUAGUUGAGCACAAGAAUAAAUUACAGAGGGAGGUUAUGGAAUCUCCAUCACUGGAGGUUUUUAAGAACACCUGUCAGGAAUGGUCUAGUUAUUACUUAGUCCUGUCUUGAGUGCAGAGGUCUGGACUAGAUGAUUUAUUGAGGCACCUUCCAGUCCAAUACCUCUAUGAUUCUAUGAACCAUUACAAUGAAGUGUGUAUUGUUUAGCACUCCAAGUGGCCAACUUUUAAACCAAAAAUGUUAAUGUCCUGCUGUUCUGCUGCUUCUUUGGGGAGUGUAUUUUUUCAUUUUUGUUCAUUAUUUAAACUUUCUUCCAAUUUGAUUUAAGUAAUAUAUCUGAUGAAUCACAUGCAACAGAGCAGCACAACAACAUAGAGAUGACCUAAUCUUACAUCCAUUGAAUGUCAAAAUUCCCAUUUAUUUCAAUGAAAGCAGAAUCAGGUCCCAAAAUUCAUACUGGCAAUGGUGUGAAACCAUGUUGUUCUAUUAGUAUCACUAUAUUACAUAGAUGUUGUCAUUUUAUGUAAUGCAAAUAACUGAUUUUUCAGUUUGGUGGCCAAACUGAAAAUUAGAGAAAAAAUUAUUUUGGCUUGAACAAAAUAUCAAAACAUUUUGAUUUUGAGGUCUUGUAAUUUCUUGAAAUGUUUGAAUGAAAUUCUGACAUUCGUCUUUCUGAAAAAAGAAAAAAGGUGAAAACAUUUCCAAAAGGCAGAAAUGAGCUGUCAGUAUUUUUAAAAAAUCAUCAAUUUGUCAAAAUCCAUCCAAAUUUAUGAAUUGUUUCAUUUGAAUCUGCCUUUUUUUGUGAAGAAAAAAGUGGUUCACACAAAAAAUUUCAGCCAGCUCUAAUUUUGAUGUGCAUUUUGUAUUCAUUAAAGUGCCAGACUGAUACUUCGGGAUGAGGUGAGCUAGAGUUUAGGAGGACAGAGAGAAUCUUUUAUGUGAUUCAUCAUUGUCGUGGGGCGACAACCCACCGCUGUGGUGCCUCCUGCUGGUUGUCCAGGAAAUUAGCUUUUUUCAGCCAGGAGCGCCCUCUGCCGGUCAGUGUCUCACCUACCGCUGGCGCUAGGUGCCCUUCUAAAUUAGGGCCCAGGACCCCUGUGCCCUUCUAAAUUAGGGUUCUGCCCCCCUGGCAGUACCCCCUCAGUCUGGGUCUCCCCUCCCUGGGGGAACCCCCAAUCCCUCCCUUGCCUCAGUGGCUACUGUCAGUCAUCACCUAGCCCCUGCUUCCUGGGACAGACUGCAGUCUGUACUACUCAUCAUCAGCAAGAGGGGAGGAGGUCAGACCAGCUGCCUCUGUCUAGGUCUGGGCUGCUCUGCAGCCCUAGUACCCUUUUGUGGGCCUUUAUUUCAGCCUGGGAGUCUGCUAGGCUGGAACUCCCCAGCUCCCUCUGUCCUUCCCCAGCACUUCUCUGCCCUAGAUACUCGCCUAGGCUUCCCAGGCAGCCAGGUCCUCCUCUCUCCAUGUAGCUAGAGAGAGUGUCCCACUCAGCUCCUGGCUAACAGCCCUCUUCUAGGGCCAGCUGUGGCCUGAUAGGGGCAUGGCCCCACCUGUGGCUACUUCCCCCAAUCAGCCUCUCUUAGGGCUAUUUUAAGCCCUUUGAGGCAUGGUGGGGUGACCACCCCGCCACAAUCACAGAUAUAGCAACUAUAAUAAGUGGCCAAUGUGCCUAAGCAUGCAGCUUGGAGGUUUUAUGACAUCCCACACUCUACGAGCUUUCUUUGAUGGUUAUCUGGAUGUCACUACCAGAAUUCACUGAUGUGUGUCUAGCUAUAUAUAGCUCAGAGAUAUGUAUGAAGUAUCUUGCUUAGAUAGGUGCAAUUAAUUUACUGGAAAUAUGGUGUGACUGUUGAGUGUGGACCACUAAAAGUGAAUGGGUCUUUCAAAAGAAGGAAGUUCUUCCAGGUUAAAUGAAUGGAAGAUAUGUUAAACUCAUGAAAUCUUACUCCAGGGAGAGAAGACCACUCAAUUUCCAGUGACUUGUCCUGUGUUGCUUUAAGUUUUAAAUAUAUUUCUCUCCCAAUCAGAAGAAAGGCUAGUCAUCUUUAUAUCUAAGUAAAAUAAUUUCUUGAUUUUUUUAAUUUAAUCCCUUGCAUGGUUGGAAACCCUUAAUACAACAUCAUUGUGCUAACUAGUGCAUGAAUCUUAGUCUGAUUCUCUUAGUGUAGCAGAGUGAAGUGCAAAAAUUAAGCACCCUAAAUGGUGUUAUGUAAGUUCAAUUUUAAUAAUCCUUUCAACAAUAAUAAUCUAAAGGCAUAAUUCUUCUCUGUUCUGCCAUUCUAAAUCUAGAGAAACUUCACUAAAAUCAAUGCAGUUGGUCCAGAUUUAAUUGAUCAGAAUGUGUCAUAUUACAACAGUAUUUAGCAUAUUAGAUAUUAGUAGUAACACAUGUAAUAUAAGGUAUUUACCUUGACAGUUCCCUUCAUACAUGUUGACAUACUUUUAUCCAAAAUCAUAUAUUGCUGCUUAUCUUCUGUCACCUUGCCAUGAUACUCCUAAACCUAAUCUGAAUGUAAAAAAAACCCAACACAAAUAAAGACAUCUGCCCUCUGUUAUAUCUUACUCCCAUAGACAAAAGUUCAAAAAAUAUAAAAUGAUUUCGGCACAUGAGUCUGUCAUAUUUCUUUCUAUGCUUUCCUACACAAACAAACGUGAAAAGAUUCACCAGUUUCAUAAUUCUCCUCAAGAAAUGGGCAAAGCCAACAUUCAACAUUUCAUCCCCUUUCUUCAGGAGCACAAAAUGAAACAGAGCUAAGUAAUGAAAAUAUAUUAGGAGACUACUGGAAAACAUUAAUCGUGUGUGUGUGUGUGUGUGUGUGUGUGUGUGUGUGUGUAAGACUGUAAUGAAAAUAAGAUACAAACUGAUGGACAGUGGGAUGCCAUAUUUAUUCUCCACCUUAUUCUUUUGUAUGGCUUAAAACCAGUAAUGUUAGAUGUCCAAGUCUAGGUUGGCAAUCCAAUUGAUUGCUUCAAGUGAUGCAGAGUGGAUGGCAGAGAUACUGCUGGGAUAUGAUCAUUUGGGACAUUGAUUGAUGAGGUGUUCCAUAGUUAGAAGUCUAUUUCUGCAAUCACAGAUAGGAUUGUGUCCAUCCCCAUUUAUGAAAAAGGUAGGUGCUUCUACCAUGUGAGGUGUGGAUGCUGUUCAAAUUGGACCAUAUUUUCCAUGGGAAUGAAAAGCCACUGGAUUCUUUGGUCUUUAAUGAGGUGUUAGUUGGCGAUAUUGGUAUCCUUCCACCUUGCUUGUCAUUGAUCAUUGAUGAUCAUUGAUCAUCAGUCUUCAAGCUCUUAUGUUACAAGUCAUAAAGAUUUUCUGGAUUUGAUUCAGAAUCUGGUAUAUUAUUUAGGUCUUCAUAUUUUGGAAGAGCAUCUAUUAGAAACAGUUUAUUCCCCUGAUCACAGAUGAGUUUUCGGGCAUGUUUGCUCAUCUGUCUUUGAAUCCUGACUUCCCUUUUGAACAGUUAAGAUAGAUAUGCCACUGCCAACCUUGUAUAUAUGUUCUAUACAUGACAGGCCAUAAUGCUAUUUGUGUAAUUUUUCAGAUGUUGGGAGCAUUUGCCUCCAAAUCAUGUGCCUCAGAACGUCAGCUGAGGUAACAAAAAACUCAAAACUAGUCCUUUACAGUUCUGAAUAGUUGUACAUAGAUCUAGGAGCAUGGAUAAUGAUUUUCAUAGAUUUUUCGGGCCAGAAAGGACCAUUGCAAUCAAUUUUAUUCAUGUACCAUUUCUGCCAUAUUUGUAAUUAAACAAAACAUUGAUAUAUUUACAAAUAUAAUAUUUAUUAUUCAUGCAUAAUAUACCAGAGAAACUCCCUUUAAUAAAACUUUAUAGUACAGUCUGAUCUUGAUUUGUGGGGUUUUUUGCAUGUACAGAAUCAUCCUGUGGAUUGAGAUAAUACAGAAUAUAGGGUAUCCAUUAAUAUAUUUGAAAGGAUUUAUUUUUAUUGUUCGGAUUCAUGUCACUUUAAUAAAUAUAAAUACUCUA